AACUCACAACAUCAUGGCGCCGACCAAGAGCAGCAACGUGAGGAUUGAAACCUCGAAGGAAAGUACAAAAUCAUACAAAAAGGUCAUAAACGACAAAGUUGAAAGUGUUCUCCAGAGCAGAAAAAAUGCAAACGAAAUAUUUGAUCUACUGGAAUAUUUGCAGUCGAACAAAGAAAAAGAGGCAAUGUGUGCCGUCCACGCCUGUGGAAAGUUAUUCAGCGACUUACUGGAGAGAGGUGACCUGUUUGUCGGCAAACUACCAGAGGAGGAUGAAGUGUUGGAGGGUGAACGUACCGCCGAUGACAAAUAUCGAAUUUUCUUGAGACACAGAUAUAUCAAUUGCAUAGAGCAGCUGUUGGAGAACAUGGGACAUAAUGCUUACCCAGUGAAGGAGGCAUCCCUGUGUAUGCUGAUGAAAUUUGCAUCGACAGAGGGGAAGUUUCCACUGCAGAAGCUGGACUGGUGUGAGCAUUACAGUUUCCCCCGGGAGCUUAUACAGGCAGUGGUAGAGCGGAUGCUGUCUGAAAUUGAGGACAUGGCCAUGAUCAUCUCCAGGUUCCAGGAGUUCCUUGAGAUGGAUGAUGUGCGCUACUACGUGAUGUGCUCCAUUCGAGAUCAUGUGGCCAAUGUCAUGGAGAAAAACAAAGGGGUUGUGAUGCCAAUAUUUCAGAACAACGUGUUCACGCUUCUCUCCAACAUCAACAUGCCCAGUCAGGAUUCUGAGCUCACCAACUUCAUGGUCCAACAAGGAGCUAAGCACAACGAUUGGAAAGCAGCCAAAUUUAAAGAACACAAGCGUGUUUUUGAGAGGACAUGGUUAAUGUUUCUGAAGUAUAAGUUGCCUGGCAGCAUGUACAAGAAGGUUCUGGUGAUUCUACAUGAGACUAUCCUUCCUCACAUGAGCGAGCCAACACUCAUGAUCGACUUCCUAACUGCUGCCUAUGAUAUUGGUGGAGCUAUCAGCUUACUGGCUCUGAAUGGUCUAUUUAUUCUCAUGCAUCAGCACAAUCUAGAGUAUCCAGACUUCUACAAGAAACUCUAUAAUCUACUGGAGCCCUCCAUUUUUCAUGUGAAGUACAGAGCACGCUUCUUCCACCUGGCAAACCUUUUCCUCUCCUCAACGCAUCUGCCAGUCUAUCUGGUGGCGGCGUUUGCUAAGCGGCUCUCGCGGCUGGCCCUCACGGCACCCCCGACGGCUCUGGUCAUGCUCCUGCCGUUCAUCUGCAACCUGAUCCGCCGUCACCCGUCCUGCAGGGUCCUCAUCCACAGACCCAGUGCUGAGGCACCCUGUAAUGACCCGUACAACAUGGAGGAAGAGGACCCUGCCCAGUGUAAUGCUCUGGAGAGCAGCUUAUGGGAGAUAAAGACUCUACAGAACCAUUACCACCCGGAUGUUGCAAAAGCAGCCCAGGCAAUCAAUCAGCCUUUAUCCCAGACGGAAACGGACAUCUCUAAACUUCUUGAGCUUUCCACAUUUGAGCUAAUGGAGAAAGAUCUGAAAGAGGUACCCAGUACUGUUCCACUGGAGUUUGAUAAAGCCACUCAGCUUCUUAAUGGCUCAAGGGAUGUCCUGGGCAUUCACUUCUGUUUGGAGUAAAUACAGAAUUAGCACAAUAAAAUUGUUUGUUUUUUUACUAUAAA